AUGCGAUUGCUCCAACGAUGCUCACACCUCACUUCCCUCCACCUCCUCGGCUCCCACUCCUCCUUCUCCUCUUCCUCCUCCCCCCUCUCUUCCUCCUCCUCCACUUCCUCCUCCUUCCCCUGUCUCGACUUCGCUCCAUCACUCGACCUUACGCCUUCCCACAACCAAUCGCCCACCACCAUUCACCUCCCUCUAAGCAUCAUCCCUCUCCUCUCCCGUCUCUCCCACCUCUCGCUCUCACUCAAAACCAUCCCUCCCUCCCUCCUCCCCUCCGUCCCGUCUCUCAAAUCACUAACCCUCCACGUGUCAGACCCCUCUUGCGCCGUCACCUGCUCCUCCGCCCCAUUCAGUCACCUCUCGUUACUAUCACAUCUGGAGCUGCAAAUGGGCCCUGAUUGGGCGAAAGCCUUCCCAGUCCCCAGGCUCUACGAAAACAUGUUUUCCGGGCUUCAAGACACUCUCACCUCCCUCGCUCUCACCCUCCCGUUUAUGGCACACCUGCCACUUUCGUUAUGGGAACUAACUGCUCUUCGCUCACUCUCCAUCCGCAACCCGGCGUUCCACCCGGGCGUGCAGAGGCACGCGUACGUGGCAGGCGUGGCUGGGUUGCGGCAUUUGUCCUGUCUGCAGCUGCUGGGUCACCCGGUGCCCGGACUGAUGAUGGCGGCUCUUGGUGGAAACCACCUGGAGACAACAGCAAGGGAUGGGCCUCAGGGUGCUUAA